AACACAAAUAAGUAGAGCAUUGUAGAGCAUGUAAACCAAUGUAAACUCUCUGGACCCUUUUUGGUUAUUCUUGACAAUUCUUGAUUCGUGAUCUUCUUAUUUUCAAGUCUCCUUGUCCAUGUAAAAAGUGAAAACUGAUAAUUCUUCUACUGGGUGGUCUUAUUUAUUUAUUGUUAAUAACACAAUUAAUAUUAAUGAAUGUUUCAUUGUUUGAAAAAAACCAAUAAAUAAAUAAAAAUGAGUGGAAUUAUGAGAAUUGGUUUGCGUCAUGUUGGAACACCGGGAUAUAUUACAAAUAAUAAUCCAACGAAAUAUCUACAAUCCAUGUGCCACAUGAGAAAUGGUUUAUUUAAUCAUGUUCCCAAGAAUUCAUUUACAUCAGGUAUAGCUCAAAGAGGAUUUACUGGAUAUUGGAAAAUGAUAAAAACUGUUGCAAGAAAAUCUUGGGAUAAGUUGAGUGGACCUACAUCAAUUAUUAUUAUCGGUUACUGUUCAUAUAAAAUGCUGACAAAUCGUCAAAUUUGGACAGAUUCGUCUACUACAUAUUUAAAUCUUGACGUGGACAAUUUUGUUUUGCACAUAAUACAUGACGCUUAUAAAGAAACUCUAAAUUAUUCUAUGAAUCCAGCAAAAAAUAUUACAUCUAGUGUACUUUUUAAUGAUGUCGGAAUAGCUGUAGACAAGGGUAGUUUACUUGUGCCAGCUAUUAAAAAUAACACAAAUAGUGUAAUAAAAAUAAACAACGAAGAAACACAAAUAGAAGAACCAAAGCUUGAAAGUUUUAAAUUAACAGUACAAGCAAAAAAUAGUGAUGUAAUAUAUACAUUUCAUCACACAAUGAACCUUAAAGUUAAAAAAGUGUCUGAAACUUUACAAAAUGAAUCAGCUGCUGAUAAACAAAAACAACCAUUAAAAGAAAUAAUACCAUUAAAAGUUGGUAAAUUUAAUGUAUUAACUCCAGGCAUAACUAAAACAAUAUUACUAACAUCAGAAAGUUUAAGCAAAUGGACAACCGUUCAUCCCAAUUAUCGCCCUGACCCUGAUGAAGGCUACAGUACAGAUGAACCAUCAAUUUUUGAAUUACACCCAAAAGCUGGAAAAUCCUAUUUAUUAUAUAAUACUUCAGCAGAAGUACAAAAAGACGAUAGUGAUGAAGUUUUUCAUUUCAACCAUUUAGUAACGUUUGAAUGUGAAAAGAACUCGGAUGAAAAACAACCUCUAAUGUUAGCACAAGAAUCGGAACCAUGGAAUGUAAUAUUGGAUACUGGCACAAUACUAUUCAAAACACAAGAUGGCGAAAAAUUUGCUAUGCGAAAGAUGCUCAACAUCAAAGUUUUUGAAGAUGGUGAAUACACAUAUCUUGAGAUGUCACCAAACUUUUCUUAUGGGAGCCUUGUCUCACGUUUAAGUCUCGUCAAGCCUUAUCUUUCAAAAUUAAUAUCUCCAAAUUAGACAUGACCGAUUCGAAAAAAAAAAAAACAAUUUUUAUAAAUUUUAUUGGUUUCUAGCCAUUUUGACUUUACUCUAAAACUUUACUUUACUUAUUGGCCCACUUAAUUAUAUUUGAUAACGUACUAAUUGCCGCACUUAAUUAUUGCAACGAGCAAAAAUAUAUUUAUAAAUCAUAAUAGAUAAAUAAGUUAAAAAAAUUCAAUUAUAAUUAAUAAUUAUUAGAAAUAAGUGAUAAUUAUUUUCAAAUAUAAUAAUUGCAAGGCAAAAAAAAUUAUUGAAAGAAAAUCAGUUUAUCAAACAAGUCAAUUAGUCAAAGCUUUGAUUUGCUACUCAAAGUUGUUGUUAAAGUUAUUCAAAAUUAACAUUGAUUAGCGUAACUUAUGUACUAAGAUUUUGAAACGAAUCGAAAUGUUUAUGAUAAAAAACAUGUACUAUUUAAUGAAAAUAUAACUUGAACAUUUAACAAAGAUUCCUAUAUAUUUGUUUUUUUAAAUUUGUUAUUUUCGUGAAAGAAAUUUUACUUAAAAAAACGAUUGAUUUAAAUAUUCAUAACUAAUCAGUCAACAGUUUAUAAAAAUGUAUAAAUAUUUUAGAAAAAAAAAAAAAAAA